AUGCCAUCUGUUGCGCUCCUAAGAGUAGAAGGUUCUAUGUUGAGAAAUUUGGCUCUUUCGAUUGCAAGCUUUUUCCGAGAGCUUGUGGAUGUUGUCGUCCCAUCAGAUAAAGGUGAGGAGUUCAAAAAGGACGAAGAGGUCAAUGCCGAGAGAAAGGCUGAAGAUGUAUUCACAGGAAAGAAAAAGAGAGAAAUUGUGAGAGAAACCGAGACUGAAGUCGUGAGAGAAACCGGGACUGAAGUCGAGAGAGAAACCGAGGCAGAAAAUGAUUUGGAACUUAAGAGCAGUAAAAGUGCAGCUAGUUUAUUCCCUGCCAAGCACAACGUUGACGCAAUGUUAUUUGGUAGGUCAUCAGUGAUUCCGUGCUCUCUGGACGUCGAUACCUUGGACACACCAAUGACAUUAUCCGUGACACCAGAAGGUAAUUUCAGUUGCAAGUUGAAUAAUGCGCCAUUUGCGCCAACUGAAGAUGGAAGUAACAACCAAUCUGUGGGUGAUAUAUCACCUGUUUUCAAGAAUUCAGUCUUGCCAAUAUCUCCACAGAGUAAUAUUUCAACCACACCAUUGAAAGAGGAGGAAGGCACAAUGAAGGAUGAAGGGAGUGCAGAAACCGAUAAAGAGGGCAACUACGUUUGCCAUUACUGUGAUGCGAAAUUUAGAAUUCGCGGCUAUCUAACCCGUCAUAUCAAGAAGCAUGCUAUCAGAAAAGCUUAUCAUUGCCCAUUUUACAACUCAGAUGCACCGCCUGAAUCACGGUGUCAUAAUUCAGGUGGAUUCAGCAGGAGAGACACUUACAAGACUCAUUUGAAGGCAAGACAUUUCAUUUAUCCGAAAGGAGUCAAGCCUCAGGAUCGUAACAAAUCGUCAGGCCAUUGCUCUCAAUGUGGACAAUACUUUGAAAAUACAGACCAAUGGGUUGAGCAGCAUAUCGAAACUGGCGAAUGUAAAGGACUACCAGAGGGAUAUCUGAAGAAUAUUAAGAGCGAAAGAACAUCUGGAAAGCUAAGAAUGAUAAAGACAUCAAAUGGACAUUCUCGUUUCAUUUCAACGGCUCAAAGUGUUGUAGAACCGAAAGUUCUACUGAAUAAAGAUGCCUUGGAGGCAAUGGCUAUAGUAGCUCAUAAUACCAACAGAUCAGAUAUCCUAUCAAAAUAUGGAAAUAAUAAGAUUAUGAUGAGCUCAGACGAUUUUAAUGGCGUUCCAAAAGUAAAAAGAAAGUACACAAGACGUAAGGGUAUACUUACGAAGAACAGCAGUGCCAAUUUUGAAAAGAAAGAUACCAAUUCGGGGCUGACUCGGUAUUCUGACACGCCUCGAGAAAGCAGGGCAUCACCUUACGAAAGUAAUUGCCCCUCAGAAUCUAUGGAUGAUGAGACUGCUUUAAAUGAGAUUUCAUCCUCUAUCAAUCCUUCCCCACUUGACAAUCAUGUACUGGAACUAGUAUCAAGCGAUUCUUCAGAGUCAUCUCACGAGGAACUUCAUCACAAUGGAUUGGAAAAGAAUGGUCAAGCAAUUCAACCAAUGAACAUUUCAAACUUUACAAAUUCAGUUAAAUUUAAUGAUCCAUUUAGCGUGCCAUUAGAUAUGGAACAAUGCUCGUUUUUUGAUGGAAGUUUCAUAUCAUAUUUCUCAAACAAUGAAGAAUUAAGAAAUGUGCACAACCACGCUAACAACGAUUUCGCAGCGAACGGAGCCCUUCGAAAUCAAAUCAAUUUGAUAGCACAGGCAGAAAAUCAUCUACGGGAAAACGAGCAAUAUUUGAGCUUUUACAAUUUCAAACAAGGUAAAGAUAAUACUCUAGCAAGUUCCGAUGCUUGA